AUGAGCAGCUCACAGCAUCAAACCUUAGCAGACUGCAAGUUAUUCGAAGGCGGUUUUGGUUGAUGCCAUUUGCACAUAGCGAUUUUCACCUUGCUUCUGAAAGGAAAAGGGUUUAAGGAAGUAUCUUAUAAACAAAAAUCACGUCUUGAGAAAGUGUUGUCCCGGAUUAGCCUGUGAAACUGCACAGGCUAAAAUGGGAUGACUCUUUACGCACAUGUACUAAGCCCUGUUUUACCAAAGCGCGGCUCAUAUAUUGGCUAUUCACUAACAUAACAGAAGAUACCCUCGGUGCAGACAAAACAGCCGUUGUGGUGAGAUGAACAUCAGAAUUGAAGGGUUGUGAAAUCGAAUCAGUCAAUGCAACAUGUGUUUACAUCACACUGGGAACUGGUGCAUAGGCCGAAAAAAAAACGUGUGGUCAACAUGAGGAAAACUACAUACAUAAUAGGUUUCUGCAUAGCCCUAACGAUAGCAUGCAUAGUUGUAUCUAUGAGUUGGACUGAAAUUAACCAAGAAGCAUUAAGGCAUAUGCCGAUGCAACAGAAUCGUUCGUUCCGAGUGUUAUUCCCAGAUGUGCAUUUCCAGCUUACCAGUCGGCCAUAUGCAAUGAUGACCAACUUUUCACCAUGCCAAUAUAACAACUGUAUUUUGACACACAAUAUGUCUGAGCGGCCACAAAGUGAUGCGUUGAUAAUAACCGGUCGCCGGAUUGGUUAUUAUAAGACGCCAUUUCCAAGAACGCAUGAACAGAUCUGGAUAUUUCACCAAAUAGAAAGUCCACAGCAUUAUGACGGUCAAGGUACUGAAUGGAGAACCGAUCCAGGCUGGAGAAGUGGAUUUAACUGGUCCAUGACAUAUGAUUACAUAAACACUGAUGUGCACUUUCCAUAUGGCGAAAUAAUUAAAAAACAAGUAAUAACGUCAAGAAAUUACACAGAAAUAGCUCUUGGGAAAAAAAGAGACGCGCUGCUGGUCACUUCGCAUUGCGGUAAUUCAGCACAGAGAGAAAUAUAUGCAAAACGGUUACAAAAAUACAUUACCGUAGAUAUAUUUGGUGGGUGUGGGCAGAAAUGGAAUUGCGGACAUCUCUAUGUACAUGACUCAUGUUUUGACAUUCUAAAUACAACGUACAGAUAUUUUCUCGCUUUUGAAAACUCUUUGUGUCGCAGUUAUUUCACCGAGAAAUUAUUUGAAAACUUCAACUACGAUGUUCUUAUCGUAACACGCGGUGGAGAAUUCGGCCAAGCAACAAAACUGUUUCCCAAAGGAUCCGUUAUAAGCACUGAUUCGUUUGAGAACGCUGACGCACUUGGUAAAUAUCUUUCAGACAUUUCAGCGUCCGUUCAAACAUACGCAUCGCUUCUUCAAGCGAAGGAUCAAUACGAAGCGAAAUCAUACAAGGCUACUUAUCAGAACGCGCUUUGUCAGAUUUGCGAGAUGUUGAACAACCAGGACAAAUACCGUCGGCACAUCCCUGAUACUUACAACUGGACCUACAGUCCGCAGCCGUGUAGGAAACCGACAGAUUUACCUUGACAUGUUUUAUUUCUUACAACAGGUACACAAAUAACACAUCUUACAUUAAAAUUUGUGUGCGUGUAUGUUUUGCGGAUGGGGUACCUAUACGAUUUCCAUCCCAACAUUAUUGUUAACUGGGACAAAUUGUAAGUUGAUUGUCAUGGCAUUUAUAAUAGCUAUGUGCUUAAAGAGAGAUUAUACGAUUUUGUCAAAUAUUUAUGAAUUUAUAUAAAAUGUGUACACAACUUAUUAUACAAAUAUUUCAAUAUAAAUUAAAAUAAAAGUUAAGAAGAACAUGUGUCGAAAAAUGCGAAAUAAGCCAGAUAUUUAAUUCUGAAAUCGAAAAUGUCUGUACAGUCGAAUUCGCCAGCAUGAAUAUCAUGCAUGUACGAUGUGAAUCUAAAUUAACGGUUCAUUUGAAAUUCCUGCAACGGUAUAUAGAGAAUAAUAGGUUAGUGUUGAUUAUAGAUCAGGUUUAUCAUGCGAGGCUUAGAAAACAAAAAGCACGAGCCUUGGCGAGUGCUUUUUCGUUUUCGUGCCGAGCAUGAUAAACCUGAUCUAUAAUCAACACUAACCUAUUAUUCUAUUUAUCCCACUUUUUAUUCAGUAAACUAUUUUUAUUUAAACAAAAUAAGUUUUCAUGAGUGUUUGUCGUACUUUGAUAAUGACUGUAGUGUAACCAAGGUCAGUGUAUUACUCCGCGUUCCAAAAAUAACCGCUGAUCAAAUAAUCAUUUUUUUUUAAUCAGAAUAUCGUUCUGUAACAAAGUGUCGAGCGUUAUUUAUUACAAUUUUAAUCAUAUUGAAUUGCAAAUCUUUAAGUUUUAUGAUAUCAAUAUGGCAUUAAGUUGUUAUAUACAAGGAACUACAUUUGUUUACAACGUAGCCUAACACCACACACAAUUCACUUUCGAUAUCCAACUAUCGAGUCGAUCACGAGGUGCACAAUAUUUCCUUCUUUGUUAUAAUAUGUGGUUAUUUCGUGACAAAAUAACAAAGAUUACUUGGAUUUAAGCUAAUUUUAUACAUUAACAUUUUGAAUGUUGAAAGUGGCACCAAAGAAUUGUGAGGCAAAGUUGUUCGAACUAGAGAAAGACAUUUGCAAGUGAAGUGACUGGGUGGGGCGAACAUCAAGAUCAACUUGUUCGACGGUAGACAUCGGUUGUCUAGGCUUCAUUUCGGCCAUAGUUUCAGUGCGUGAAGGUGAACAAGAGGAAUCUGUUGGAUUGUUACAUUUACUGGACUGAGCAAGAAUGAACACUUUUGCUGCUGUUCAACAGAUAUGUUGGCAUAAUUGGUUAUGGACUGGACAUUUUUGUGCCCUGUUAUGGCCAUGGUUUCAGUGGGUGGAAUGUUUGCAUUUCGAAGUUUUUGGACCAGGAAUUUGCGAACUGAGUGGUUCGUUAUUCUCUUGUGCUUGAGAAAGCCGGCGUCUUUUGCCAUGGCCUUCAGCAUCUGACCUAACUUGUUGACACCCAAUUGUUGACGCAAGAAUCACCGGGAUGCAGUGUCAUUUGUGCGUAUUGCCAGGUAGAAAAGAUGCUUUAAAGAAAAAUCAGAUGGACGCAUAUCCAAGUACAUCUUGUAAAUGAACACAGGAUUUCUUGGUCCAGACGAUUGUUUUCUACGGUCAAAGGGGAGCAACUCGAACUGACUUCUUCAAAGGGGAGCAACAACAACAGAACCUAUUUGCAUAGUGUUAAAUUUACCUAAAACUAGGUUUUAAUGACAAUAAAUGACAAAAAACUCGUUUUUUGCUACUUUCCUUUGUUUUAAGGUCAUUAAGAUUGACAAUCAUUUUAGAUUGUUUUUAUUAUUGAUGCACUUGGCAAAUACAGGUGACGAGGUGCGUGGGAAAAAGUAGUCCCGGUUCGGCAGUUGAUGACGUCAUUUCGUGCCAUUGAUUAUAGCCUUGCCGUUGAUUAUAGAUGAAAUUUAAUCAACGGGGCUUUAAUCAACCGAUUUCGCUGUAAAAGUGGGAUAAAUAUUCAUACGACACACAAACACUCACUCUGAUCCUAAUCCAAAGACGAAUGUAUGUUAUUGUUGGAAAUUAUGUACGAACUAUUUUCGUCCCAAUCGGCUCGGGCGCUCAUUUGUAUUUGCUGCAUUUUAUGAAAUUCGUUUUCAAUGUAUAAUUUUUCUUGCAUAUUUUGUAUAAUCGUUACAUAUUUUAUCAAUAUAUUACAAUUAAACACAUAUGCAAAAUCGUAUAAUCUCGCUUUAAUCUAAUGUGCCUGCAGAUUUCUAUUUACAUGCCACAUUACUUAAUGCGUUCAUGCUUAAAAUUUCGAAAAGGCUUGAUCACUUUGGCAUUUUGGAUGGGUAUGCUUUCGUUUAGUAAACAGAAGGAUGUCGUUAAAAUCGAAGCACACAGCGGACUAUAUAGGGGUCAAUUUCAGAAUCUUCAGGAUCUUCCUAAAUAAUAGUAGGUACCUAGUAAUUUAUGAAGUUCUAUUCCCUAAAAAAAGUUGGAAACAUGUAAAUAUUCAUGGUAAUCAGGUCGGUACGUAAGAAAGCUGUCGUGAUUACACAGAGAAGACCUGUACACAUUCUUACUUUUAAGUCGGUAAGUGUUUCGCAUCAAGCAGGAAAUAACACCUUCAUCUUCGGUCACAGUAAUCGUUUGAAUAAGUUAGGCUAUAUUGUUAUAAGUAAUCACAUAAGCUCUUGAGAGUUUUUUUUUCACACACAUGCGUUUAACUUACUUUAUUUUAAGUGCCGAAAAAACGAACAUAUAAAUCACCACUAAGAAAUAUGUUGAUUAAAUAAAAAAAUGAAGUAUGCUCGUUCUAAUGUGGAAGCAGAACUGAAGAUGAACUAGUCGGGAUGCUCCCACAUUUCAAUCGAUCACCGUGCAAAGGAGUGUUGAACUAAAAAGACAAACUAGUUUAAAACCUUUUAUUAUUUAAUUACGCAUUCGAUUUGUAAGAUAUAUUUACAGGUCGUUGAGGUAUUCGAAUGUGACGCCUAUAUAUAAAGUUAAUUUAUUUUUAAAUGUCACGUUUUUAGAUGUUAUCACCUUUCUGAUGUGCAUAACUACUAUCGGGGUGGUUAUUAAAACAUGUAAGUCUCAUUAAAAAUAAACAUAAAAUGGAUAUGUAUCCUUUAAUAACAGAUUAAUUAACAUUAUUUGUUCUAUUUCAAAUGUAUAUCGACCCAUGCAAUCGUUUGUUUCAUACCUUAGAAGUAUUUUGCUGUAAUAAUGAUGUUAAUUUUUUUAAAGAAGGCUUAUUUCCCUUUCAUUAUUGUAUAAUUUGAAUUACAAUGCUAUGACGUUAAAUUUUAUUUACACUUAAAUGUAUUAUGAAUAUUGCUUGGCCAAGUGUGAGGUUGAGCGCUCUAUAACCGGUUUAAACCCCCAUUGCUUGGCAUUGACCGUUCCAAGGCGGUGACCCCAGCUUUAUUCAUAUUUUGUGUUUAUGUUGGUUUGUAUUGUGCUGUUUUGUACUGUUUGGGCAAUCGGUCACUUGCCUUAAAUAAGGACCAACUAAUUGUUUAUAAUGAGAAUUAAAUACUGCUCCAGCAGCUGGAGUUUCACUUCUUUAUAUAAGAUGAAGAUGCUAAAUAUUAUUACGCUUUGUAAAUUGUCAGCAUAUACAGGUAUUAAACAAUAAUCGUAUAUGUAUACUUUUUUGUUCACACACGCUAUACACAAUGUAUAAACGCUAACGUAUGCUCAAUUUAUUACAAUUAUCUACGCUCAAUUGUUCGAAGCAUUUUUCGGCGUAGCUGUUUAACGUCACUUUUGAGUCUUGACCUUAGAUGGCCUUCAUCAUAAUAGAUCCGAAAUGAAUAAACCCGUAUGGUUCAUUGGCUAAUAAUACAAAAAUCACCGUUAACAUUGGUAGUCUGGUUCCCAAACUAAAACAUUGGAUGCGUAUCAUUUGAACUGAAAAUGAAAUAUGAAUAUAUUGUAAAUUACAUGUAAAUUACAAUAAAUUAAAAACUGUCAUGAUACAAAGCAUCCUCUUAACAUUACAUCGAAACGUUUCUUCUUAGUUUACGGAGCAGUAUGGCAUUAAUCACAUGUCUGUACAAUUAAAAGAAUCUAUUGUUUACAUGGCGUAGCGGCCACACUAAACACUACAAAAACAGGCUAGAUUGCACUUUACCGGUACGCAGUUGUUUUCCACUAUCGACAAAGCGGGGGUUUGGGGCGGUAGCCCGCGAUACUAAGGAAAUAUAUAGGUGUUGGAAAUAUAUCUGUUUUGAUUUAUUAUAAUCCAUAUUUGCGUUUAUUAGUGUAAAUAUGUUUCUUUCUACUUUGUUUCGUUCAUUUUUUAUAUAAAGUUCUGUUUGUCUGCAAAAAAAUCAUAUCACUAAUCUAUGAUGCUUGCAAUAUUGAGUCUUUUAUGUUUACAUUCUACUAACAUCUGUACAUAUUAUAACACAUUAUCUUUUAUUUCAUUCCAACAUUAUGUUCAUAGUUUUUUCAUUGGCGAAUAUGUUUUCUUUUCCUAUUGAAACUAAUGUAUUACUCGUUCAAUUAUGAAAACCUUGU